AUGAACUAUCGCAAUCUCUUGAACGAGUUCAAGGUGCAUGAUGGCAAGCUCGUGUCCAACCAGUUCGCGCUGCUGCGGCCGCGGCCAAAGGCGACGCUUCAAAAGCCCAAGGCGCUGGAGUAUCCGCCUGGAGUGGACAAGGCGGUCUUCCGGAAAGCGGCCCUACAGCGCGCCAAGCAGCUGGAGGGCAGGACGCUGGCGUCCGCACGCAUUCGCGCCGGCGUGAUGUCGCGGCCCAUCACGCGGGAGGAGGAGGACCGUCCGGCGGUGCAGGAGCGGCGGGGGAAACAAGGGCGCAGCGAGGAGGAGGAAUCGGAGCCCCACCGCCCAAUGCAGGAGAAGGUGGAGGAUGAAAGCAGCCCGAGGAGUAAGCCUGAUCCAACCUUACAGAAGGAGGUCCGCGAGAUCGCGCGGAACGCGAAGGUCCAGGCGACGCAUGGAUCCAUGGAGUACCCGCCCAACAGCGGCAAUGGCACCGUGCUCAGCGGAGAGGAUCCAAAACGUCUGCCAAUCGACCGCAUUCCGCGGGCCUUGGAAGCCCUGAGCUACUUGAGCCCUGACCCGAAGCGGAUCGAGGACUCCCUACAGACCUUGCUUUACCGGAGCUCUCCUGAUCAGCCCUUGGCCUUGGACGAGUUCGCCGUGGUGAUCCAUCACUUCGAAGUGCACCGUGCUCAGCAGAUCAAGGCGCAGUUCAACCAGCUGGAUGAAGAUGGCUCAGGAGCCAUCGACAAGGGAGAGCUGAGGCGUCUCUUGUGGGACACCGGGUAUUCGGUGAACAGGGACACCUUGGACGAGAUUUUCGAUGAAGUUGACAAAGACAAGUCGGGCUCCGUGGAACUCAAAGAGUUCGAGCUCGUGCUCAAGAUCGUCUACGAUCGCUUUGGCUUCUCACGCAGCGAAGUGAAGGCAGAAGCGGCAGGGCAGAUGUUGGGUAAGGGGCCAAAACGUGUCGAGAGUGGCAUUCAUUGGACAGCUUUCUACACGCUCUUCGAUCGCUACGAUGCGGAUUUGUCAGGUGAGCUCUCGGCCGAUGAGUUGGCCGGUGCACUCGGGUGGUGUGGGCAUCCGACCAGCAUCGCAGAAGCGCGAGACAUCAUAGAGAGAUACUUGGAAAAGUCCAUCCAGAGCAUCAGCCGCCCGGAGUUCCUGCGGAUCAUGCGCUGCGUGGCGGAGGAGGAGAUCGAGGAGUUCCGGGCGCUCUUCGCGGCCAUGGACGAUGAUGAUAGCGGGUACUUGGACAUGCAUGAGCUUGCCGAACUCUUCUUCAAGCUGGGCUACACGAUCCACAGCUCCGUCAUCGAAGAGGCCGUUCAUGGCCUUUUCCCUGCGGGCGCGGAAGAUGGAAUUCUUUUUGAGGAUUGUGUGCAUGUUUUGGCCUACAUUCGUGCCAACGAAGGCUUCUCCAAAGAGGAGGCGCAAGAGCUCAAGUCGGUCUUCCGGAAGUUCUGCUCCACAGCCGGGCGGCCCACCUGCUUGGGAUGCUUGGGAGGCUCCGCAGUGCAGACCCAGCAGGGCAAGAGGUUGGGCUACCCCUUGUCCUCCCAGCGACGGCGGCAGCUUUGGUGCCGAGUGGACUUGGACAAGAGUGGUGCUAUCCAUGAGGCUUGCUGGGGAGGGCCUGUUUCGGAGAGCCAGGCGGCGGAGGCCGAGGCGGCCACUGCCGCGCUGUCCGCAGUGCGGGGCGUGGCGCCCGAGGAUCAGGCCAGAUAUGGAAUGGAUGAGUUCAGAUGCUUGAGCACCGGCUCCUCGCUGCCCCGCGACGCCGUCAACGACGACUUCUGCGACUGCGACGACGGCAGCGAUGAGCCGGGCACCGGUGCGUGCGCGGGGAGCGGCGCGACGCUCUUCUACUGCGCCAACGCGCAGAGUGAUGCGGCUUACAUCUACACCUCUCGUGUGAAUGAUGGAGUCUGCGACUGCUGCGAUGGCAGCGACGAAUGGAGAGCAGAGCAGCUGGGCCGCAGCCCCUGUGUCGACACCUGCCACGCGGAGGGCCGCGCGCGAACGCGGCGGCGGUCGGAGCAGAUCUCGGAGCUGCGCUCCGGGAUCAAGCAGAGGGCAGCCCUGAUUGGCAAAGCCAAGUCAGAACGCGCGGCCUCAGACAAGGAGCUGCUGGCGCUCCGCGAACGGCUCCCGUCGCUCGAGGUGGCGGAGCGUGCCGCCAAGGCGCAGGUCGAGGCCGCUGAGGCGGCGAAGGCUGCGGAGGAGGCCAACGCCACGGAGCCCGACGCGGACGCCGCUCCCGCCGAAGCGCCGUCGGCCGUGCCCGGCGCUUCCGCUGAGUCGGAGCCUGCAGCGAGCUCGGAGGUGAAGGAAGAGCAAGUGCAGGAGGACGCCCCCGCGCCGGAGGCGCCAGCUUCGCCUCCGGCGGCCUUCGAAGCGGCGAAGCCGGUGGUCUCGGAGUACAGCAAAUGGAUGGAUGGCGCAGCCGAAGUCCUGGAUGAACCGGCAGUCUCCGAACCAGUUGUCUCCGAGUACAGCAAGUGGAUGGAAGGCGGCCCGGCUGUGGAGCCCACCGCCGCGCCGGAGGAGGUCGACGACAGCGACGACGCCGACGACGACAUGGACGGUGGCGAGGGCGGCAGCACUGGCAUGCGGGCGCUGUGGUCCAAGUGGUGGACGAAGGUCUCCGACGGUUGGACGGUCGCGACCCGUUGGGCCUCGGAGCUGUUGGGGCGGCGCCUGAGCCCCGCGGAGCGGGCGCUGGAGAAGGCGAAGCAGGGGCACCAAGCGGCCAAGAAGGAGCUGAAGGACGCCAAGAGCCGCAUCAGGACCUUAGAAGACCAGCUGAAAUCCGGCGUGGAGGAGCGUGAGCUGGCCUUUUCGGGCUUGCACGAUCGGUGUAUUGAGAAGAGCAUCGGCGAGUACAAGUACAAGAUCUGCUUUUUCACCGAUGCGAAGCAGGACCACACCUCAAUUGGCCGUUGGAAGGGCUGGUCUUGGGACUCCGGGCUGGUCAUGGCUCUCUUUGACAACGGCCAGUACUGCCCGGGCGGACCUGAGCGGAGCCUGACGGUGAAGUUCCACUGCGGCGCGGAGGAGCUGCUGGACGUCACGGAGCCCAGCCGCUGCGCCUACGAGGCCCAGAUGAAGCACCCUGCCUCUUGCACACCGGAGCUUUUGGAAGCUCUCGAGAGUCGCCGUGUGCGCCGCCCCACAGAUGAGCUGUGA